AUGCAACUGGCAGUGCUUGUCAGAGAAAUAAGAAUGCUUGAGUUUCAGGGCGAUCCCGAUAUAGCUGCAUUUCCUGAAUCUAUCACUACAUUCGCCUUAAAACUCAAUCCGCACAUAAUGGCUGUAUACGGAAAAUGUUGGAAAGGUGCAAGAGCUAGCCGAGAUGAAAACAGCAAAUGGGCUUUAAAUCCAAUGGUCUAUGCGUCAGUGACGUACCCGACCUAUUUGGCUGGCGGUGCAUGGUUAUUUAGUCCAGCGACGGCAGGUCGUCUCUUGGAGGCGCUUAAUAAGCCAUUUCCCUAUAUUCACAUUGACGACACCCUUGUCUCCGGAAUUUUCGCCGAAGUAAUGGAUGUGAAACGAGUAUGCCUUAGUACAGUUGGGCACUCAUAUAACUUUGAACCACUAAAUCAGUGUCGCAACGACGAAAUUCUGGCUGUUCUGGAGCUCGAGCAAGAAGAAGUCCUGCAAACAUUACUCAAUGUUCGGGAAGCUUCACUACGCUGCCGCUUGGAUUCCUUUUAA